AUACACUUUAUUUCAAAUUCUACAACAAUAUUCAUUUAAACUCUUGCGAGGUCGAAAAGUAAAUAAUUGUUAGUGGUGGUGAGUCGAAGGUGCGUAAAAAUCUAGUGCGAAAUGGCCUCUCUGAUCACUGUGCGUCUCAGCAAGGGUGACUCCCCCAGCCUGGGCUUCCGGCUGCAGGGAGGGAAGGACUUCGGCACGCCACUGGUCAUCCAAAAGGUGAACGGUGGUUCCCCUGCAGAGCGGGCUGGAUUGUUGGCUGGGGAUUCUGUUAUCAAAGUUAACAAUACUGAUGUUUUCAAUCUGAGACACAAGGAUGCCCAGGAUGUGAUCAUCAGAGCCGGCCCUGCGUUCGAGCUUACAGUUCAAAGGGGAGGAUCAGUGUGGAAACCAUCAGUUAUUCCUACAGGAACGAUACACACAGCAUCACCGACUAGCCCUAUCACUAAAACUUCUUUGGUCGCGAACAAGAAAGAGAACAUUGGGAGCAUCGGAACUGGACAUAACUUAUCAGCUAAACCCUUCAGUGCACAGUUAAAUGGUGCUGUGAAUGGUGGACCAAAGCUAGUCAAUAAUCAAUACAAUUCUCCUCUGAAACUGUACUCUGAAGAAAGUAUAGCUGAAACUCUCUCCGCACAGACCGAAGUUUUGUCAACCGGGGCCCUAGGAGUUAAUUUUAAGAAAAACGAGAAAAACUAUGACGCCUCCAACAGCGCGGUCUAUCGCAUGCUCCAAGAGGCAGAAAAGGAACCAAAGACUCCAGAAGCAGUAAGUCCUCGUUCCGAUUUUUACGCAACUCACAGCCACGCUGUUGGUGGUCGGCAAGCGACAUCACCGAGGUCUAAUACCCCAGACGACCACAGUCGGCUAAGCAGUCGAUUGGGGGAUUACCCAAACACUAUCCCUAAUCAGGAGGGGGUCACUAAGUGUACCGAGUGCGAAAGGGUCAUCGUCGGAGUCUUUGUGCGCAUCAAGGAUAAAAAUUUGCACGUUGAGUGCUUCAAGUGUUCCACUUGCGGAACUUCACUGAAGAAUGUUGGUUACUACAAUAUCAACAAUAAGUUGUACUGUGACGUCCAUGCUAAGCUAGCUGCAAGGACCAACCCUCCAGCUCCCAACUUAGUACCAAUAACAGUUCCACCUGGUGGUAAGGCCCCAGCUAGUGCCAUUUCGACAGCUCUAGCCACCCAUUCGCUACCAUCACCAUCACCGCUCUCCCCAAAGACAAAUCUAGCUCAGCCUUUCCAGCCUUCACAGGACAAGGAAACCAACCUUACGUCUUUACAAAACCUAAGCAUAAACUCUGAUCCUAACUGCCUUAAUAAACCGAAUAAUUUGUUAAGCAGUGCCACCCCGCUUUCAUACUCCAAGUACUUAAACAAGGCUGGGAAUUAUUCAACUGCGCCCAAACCCUUCGCAAGCGUUAGUGCACCAACCUCAAACCAAAGUUUCAACACUUUGCCAAAAACUGCCCCACUGUCGCCCAUUGCAUCAGCUCCAGCUCCAGCUUCGUACAGUCCUGUCUCAUCAACUGACCAGGCUAACACCAAACGUAGCGAACUGCAUUUGCAAAUCGGGGAUAGCACCCCCAGCUAUGGCCAAGUUAACAUCACCAUACCCCUUUCCACCUCGCCACAGUUAGAUUCGAAAGGAUCGUCGCCGAGGUCGGACUACUCCUCCCAGUCAUCGUCCAGUUCCAAAAACCCCCAAAACGUUGAUAUUGCACGUGAUAAGUUUCUAAGCGAGUUGCGGAGCGCUGAAGCGAAAAAAAACGAAAGUUCGCUCCACAACUCGUCUCCCUUGUUCUCGCACGUUUCCAAACCCCAAACCACCAAAGAGUUCACCAGGUCCGAGCCGGACUUGAACCUACCGGAUAAUCUAACCUUUGCUAACGCACUAACAGAAGACAAAGCUAAAAAUGCUACCCCGGUUUGUUGUCAGUGUAACGUUGAAAUUGUAAGAGGGCCGUUUAUCACCGCUCUUGGUAAGAUUUGGUGCCCGGAACACUUCAUUUGCGCGACCCCGUCGUGCAGACGCCCGCUCCAAGACCUGGGCUUUGUGGAAGAGCAAGGCCAGUUGUAUUGUGAAUACUGUUUCGAGCAAUACUUAGCCCCGCCUUGCGCCAAAUGCAGCUCAAAAAUCAAAGGGGAUUGCCUCAAGGCCAUUGGAAAGAACUUCCACCCAGAGUGCUUUAAUUGCGUCUACUGCGGAAAACUCUUUGGCAACUCGCCGUUUUUCCUCGAGGAUGGGAAUCCCUACUGUGAAGCUGACUGGAACGAACUUUUCACUACGAAAUGCUUCGCUUGCGGCUUCCCGGUCGAAGCAGGUGAUCGUUGGGUGGAGGCUUUGAACAAUAACUACCACAGUCAGUGCUUUAACUGCACGAUGUGCAAAAAGAAUCUGGAAGGCCAAAGCUUCUUUGCUAAGGGCGGCCGCCCCUUCUGUAAGAACCACGCCCGUUAAGAUGUUGUUGUUGUUGUUACCGUAUUUAUUCGUGCUUUUUCUCCGAAAUAAAUGUAUAGGCAUCUACUUAAACUAUUGACCCUAAUGACUUACCAAAAGAUACGCUAAUAUACACUGUAUAUUGGGCAUUGUUAAUAGUGCUAGUCUUAUAAUGUUACGCAAAUAUACUUGUUUACGAAAUGUAGAUAUUUUAUUUUAAGUGCCAUGAAGUAGGUAAUGAUAGAUGGACUGUUUGGCGAAAUAUCUUUAAAUAAAUAUCUUAGAUGUA